GUCAAAAAAUUAUCCUACGAUAUGAUAAGAAACCACUCUUCCCUUCUUGCGAGGUCCUAAUAAAUAAAGAGAUCCAAAUUUCCUAUCACGGUUGCAUACCAAUCUUCUGUCAGCUUAAUAUACCUUGUCAUCGUCUUCGUUCGAUCUGGUUAUUGUUAUAAACUACGUCAACUAUAACAUCACCACUGACACAAAACCGCCUCUCCAUUCAUCCAGCAGCAUCCCACCACGAGGAGCCGUCUUCUCUUAUUUAGCACCACCACACCUUCCAAGUACCCCCCAUUCUCUCCCCGCGGCACCUUCAAAUCCCCUCCACCUUCAGGUAACAACAACAAAACGGCUUCAACCAAGCCCUUCAUCGCAACCGUCCUCUUCUCCCUCGCCGCCGCCUCUGUAGGUGCCGUAGUCUACUUCCGCCCCGGGAUAGGACGGGACAUAGGAGCCAAAAUGUCGAACAAACUGGUCCCCGCGAACCCGGACGACGUCAUGGUGAUCCGAGACGUCACUCCCAACGUCGUCACUUUCUCUGUGCCCUUUUUGCGGUUCGGAAAGAUUCCUAUCGGAGGGAGGGGGACUUUGGUCCGUCUCUCCAACAACACCCUAGCAGUCUUCUCCCCCGUAGCCCUCACGCCCUCGGCCCGCUCCCGCGUUUCCUCGCUCGGCUCCGGCCAAGUAAGCUACAUCGUCGCCACCGAUAUCGAGCACCACAUCUUUGUAUCCGAAUGGGCGCGGGCCUUUCCCGACGCCAAAAUCAUUGGUCCCGAGGGUCUUCCGGAAAAGCGGGCCAAGGUGACCGACGACGAACGCAUCGGGCACGAGCCCUUUUCCGUCGUCUUUACAAAGGAAAACAAAAAAAGUAUCAAGAUCGACGACGCCUUUGAUGCCGACUUUGAGUAUGAAUACGUCGACGCGCACCCCAACAAGGAGCUGGUGUUCUACUACAAGCCUGAUAAAGUCCUGAUCGAGGCCGAUCUCAUGUUCAACCUGCCUGCCAUUGAGCAGUACUCCAAGGUUCCCGAGGCGGAAAAGCCGCACGGGAGUUUACUGGGGAGGUUGUUCCAGGCGAUGAAUAACACCGAGGGAGAGGCCAAGGGGAUUAAGAGGUUUUUGUGGUACGCGAUGAGUCGGGGGGAUCGGGCAGGGUUCAACGAGAGUGUACGGAGGAUUGAUGGGUGGGAUUUUGAGACGAUUGUGCCGUGUCAUGGAGAGACGAUUGUGGGGAAUGGGAAGGAAGUGUUUGAGAAGGUAUUUGAGUGGCAUUUGGUUGACCAUAACUGAGUGGGACAGGAAGUGUUGGCGGAUACCCAGGGAGGUAGGUGAUGGAGUUGUUAGGGGGGGUUCUUUUGGUGUUUUUCCUAGGUAUGUUUCUGGAAAUGGAUGGUAUUGUAUGAGAGUUUCGGACUGCUCUCUAUGUCUUAUGGGCUGCUAAUAAUAUGGACGUAAAUAAUGGAUAUGCAGGGGUAUCAAUCAUGUAAACAAACCCAAAUAUACCCAUAAGACCAUUGGGUCUUUGUUAUACCGC